AUGACGUCACUUGAUAAGAGCGUUAUAGUACUUAUUUUAAUCUCUCUCAUACAGACAGGCAAUUGGCACAGGUUUAAAUCCUCUCAAAGCCAAAACUCGUAUUUUUAUCUGAUUAUCGUGAAUUUCUUGCAGAUCGUCCGUAAAAGAUUAAGCCGCCAAAAUCACUAG